GAGAUUGACACUCUUGUAGUAAAAUAUACUCUUGAAGACAAUGACAUCCCAUCCGCGAUCCUUCUUUAGCAAAAUUCCAACUCUCUCUGUCUCUCUCAAUAUGUAUAAGAUUGCAAGUUCACCUUGCUGUACGCAAUUAAUCUCGUACCGGUUUCAAUAUAAACCGAGCAAUAAUGUAAUAAAUAAAUAUCUUAUGAUUUUCCUAACAAAAGACCUUUCUUAGUUGUAGUAGGUGUGCAUAAAUCUGAGUAUUAGUUACAGUCUUACCUUAAACUCCAAUAUUUUUCGACCACAUUUCUACUCUUGUACCUCCAUUUCUUGUUGAUCAUUUGCCACAGUUGUUGGAUCCCAGAGCUGAUCAACAAUGAAGAAUUCAUUGAUGCUUGCUAAACUGUUACCGACGAUGCUUGUACUGCAACUAUGCGGAUACGUCGUGUGCAAAGAGUGCACCAACACUCCAACUCAAUCGCACACUCUGAGAUACCAGCUGCUGACAUCCAAGAACGAGACGUGGAAACACGAGGUGCUCUCACACGACCAUCACCUCACGCCCACCGAUGAUGCCGUGUGGUCGAGCUUGUUUCCCAGGAAGAUGCUGCGAGAGGAGGACGAGCACACUUGGGCCAUGAUGUAUCGCAAAAUCAAGAACUCCGGCGGAGCCAAAGGCUUGCUCAAUGAGGUGUCGUUGCACGAUGUGAGAUUGGACCCCAAUUCCUUACAUGGGAAGGCUCAACAGACUAAUCUAGACUACUUGCUCAUCUUGGAUGUCGAUAGCCUGCUCUGGAGUUUUCGCAAGACUGCAGGUUUGGACGCUCCCGGCAAGCCCUACGGCGGCUGGGAAUCGCCGGACAUGGAGCUUCGCGGCCACUUUGUCGGACACUAUUUGAGCGCGUGUGCACAAAUGUGGGCUAGUACUCACAAUGAGAGCCUCAAGCAGAAAAUGGAUGCCGUAGUUUCUGCUCUAUCAGCAUGUCAGCAGAAAAUGGGAACAGGGUAUCUUUCUGCUUUCCCCUCGGAGUUCUUCGACCGUUUUGAAGCUAUAAAAUACGUUUGGGCGCCGUAUUACACCAUCCACAAGAUAUUGGCAGGGCUUUUGGAUCAGUACACUCUGGGUUGCAAUGAACAAGCUUUGAAGAUGGCUAUAUGGAUGGUUGAGUACUUCUACAACCGGGUGCAGAAUGUGAUAGCCAAGUACACAAUCGAGAGGCAUUGGACGUCGUUGAAUGAAGAAACUGGAGGCAUGAACGAUGCUCUAUACAAAUUGUACAGCAUAACUGGUGAUCAGAAGCACUUGACAUUAGGCCAUCUGUUUGAUAAGCCAUGCUUUCUAGGAAUGCUAGCUAUUAAGGCUGAUAGCUUAUCUGGUUUUCAUGCCAACACUCACAUUCCCGUGGUUAUUGGAUCUCAAAUGCGGUAUGAACUCACAGGCGAUCCAUUAUAUAAGGAAAUAGGAAGAUUCUUCAUGGAUACUAUUAACUCCUCUCAUAGCUACGCCACGGGAGGAACAUCUGUGAGCGAGUUCUGGUCUGAUCCAAAGCGUCUAGCUGAUACACUGCAGAAGGAGACUGAGGAGUCUUGCACGACUUACAACAUGCUGAAGGUUUCGCGGAACCUGUUCAGAUGGACGAAGGAGAUGGCGUAUGCAGAUUACUACGAGCGAGCUCUAACUAAUGGUGUGUUGAGCAUCCAAAGAGGAACUGAGCCUGGGGUCAUGAUCUACAUGCUACCCUUAGGCCCUGGUGCUUCCAAGGCCCUCACCUUCCACAAGUGGGGAACGAAAUACGACUCUUUCUGGUGCUGCUACGGCACAGGAAUUGAAUCAUUCUCAAAAUUGGGAGAUUCAAUAUACUUCGAAGAGGAAGGAAAUAGUCCAGCUCUUUACAUAAUACAAUACAUAAGUAGCUCUCUCAACUGGAGAUCGGGAAAACUCACCCUCAACCAGAAAGUAGAGCAAGUUGUUUCGUGGGAUCCACGCCUUCAAAUCACGUUUACUUUCACCUCAUCAGAAGAGCAAACAGCAAAUGGAACAUCUACUUUGAACUUCAGAAUACCUCUCUGGACAAAUUCUAAAGGCGCAAAGGCAAUGCUCAACGGCCAAAAUCUGCCCCUACCAUCCCCUGGCAGUUUUCUAUCAGUCUCAAGAAACUGGAGCCCUGGUGACAAAAUUACUUUCGAGCUGCCUAUAAGUCUAAGGACAGAGGCAAUCAAAGAUGACAGGCAAGGAUACUCUUCGCUUCAGGCAAUAUUCUACGGCCCCUACCUCCUUGCCGGCCUUUCUCAGGGCGACUGGGACAUUAAUGCAAAAUCGGCCACUGCAUUUGCAGACUGGCUCACUCCGAUCCCAUCUGAGUACAACUCUCAAUUGAUAUCUCUGUCUCAAGGACCCGAUGCAGCGAUACUCUUUGUCUCAAACUCAAACAACACGAUAAAUAUGGCAAACGUGCCUCUCAGAGGAACCAAUGCUGCUGUAAGCUCAACUUUUCGCUUCAUUUUGAAAGAUGGUGCUCUUGGAAACUUUACAACGCGAUCAGAUGCUAUUGACAAACUAGUUGUGCUAGAGCCGUUUGAUCUUCCUGGCAUGGCUGUCAUGCAUCAUGGAGAGGGGAAGGCUCUACGAGUAGCACAUUCAGCUGAGGGUGAUGGAGCUGUGUUUCGCCUCGUUGCUGGACUUGAUGGGAAAGAUUCAAGUGUCUCCAUGGAGUCUAAGGAUCAGAAAGGUUGCUUCGUUUGCAGCGGCGCUGACAAGAGCGUCAAGCUCAGCUGCAGAAGCUCUGGAUCACCAGAUGAUGGAUUGUUCAAACAGGCUGCAAGUUUCACUAUGAGACAAGGAUUCAAUCAGUAUCAUCCUAUCAGUUUUGUGGCAAAAGGGAUGCAAAGGAAUUUCCUUCUGUCUCCAUUACUUAGCCUUAUGGAUGAAUCUUACACAGUUUACUUUAAUAUACAUUCAUGAUUUGGGAGCGAGGUCAAAUAAAUUCAACUUCUCAAAGGUACCGUGAAAAUACGUUGAACAUAAAAAAAUAGUGAAAAGAAAACAGCAAGUUUCUAGUGACUGAUUUAUGAUGCAUCUCAUGUCCUAGUUAAUCAUAUCGUAUUCAUGUUUCAACUUUUUUCUCUUAUUAUCAUAAUGUCUUUUUCAAUUA